AUGGCGCAGGGCAUAACCGGAGAGAAGUAUUGGGAGGAUAGAGUAGCCUUCGAAACAGAAGGAGCAGGUGAAGAAGUUUCGGAAUAUGGUGAUGUUUUGGAGCUUAAUCGAUUUGACGGACUACCCUACUCCUCUCGAUAUUACACAUUACUAAAGGAAAGGAUGGAUCUGCCAGUUUGGAAAGCCAAGUGUGAUUUCAUGGACAAACUGGCCAACAGGCAGUUUGUUAUGGUCUCUGGAACUGCAAAAACUGGCAGAAGCUCUCAGGUGAGUUGAUUACUCUCCCCUCUGAUAAUAACUAGGUUUUAUCUCACAAAAAUAUGUUGUAAUGCAUAGUGACUAUUGGCUGCAUCCCAAAAAUAUUUCCUUUCUCCCAAAGUGUGCACUUGUUCAAUUACCUUCAUGAAUUUGAAAGAAAAGGACUGGUAUAAGAAAUAGGCCUAUGGAGGAAUCUCCGUCUAGCCCAUGCCUAUACUAAUCCAAUGCUUUUACAUUAGUGGGAAGUACUGAACCAAUGCACACUUCAGGAGAAAAGAGAGAUUGUCAAACUGGUAAGUGAAAUGAGGGUUUAAUGCUCUAAUUAUGACUGAAGGACGUGAUUAGAAAGGAUAAUCUGUUGUGGCAGUGUGUUUCAUGUUCUUAUCUUUCCCCCCUGUGGCAUGCUCAGAUUCCCCAGUGGUGUGCAGAGUUCUGCCUGUCUGUCCAGUACCAGAAUGGCAUGGUGGUGUGCACCCAGGUCCAUAGGCAACAUACAGUGGAUCUGGCCCUGCGUGUAGCUGAUGAGAUGGACGUCAACAUCGGCCAUGAAGUGGGCUAUAGCAUCCCCCUAGAGACAUGCUGCUCUGGUGACACUGUUCUCAGGUCUGUUAACACUAUUACACACACUGCUCACACACCAAUUCACAAACACACUCUCUUUUUCUCAUACACACUCACACACACAUCACCCCCCCCACCUUCUUGGCGGCUGUCUUUUCUUUUUUUAAAGAACUGAACAAAAGAGUUGAGGAGCCUCUUUUCAGGGGGCUCCGCUGCAGCUGCCCAGCUCUCACUCUGACCAUAUGCCACGCUCCCGUGUCUCUCCCUGCCAUAAGUCAGCCGGGGAACAAAGACCCAAGACAAGCUAAGAAACCAGGCAGCCAUGGAGACCUAAUGAAUCCACUGACUAGACUAAUAACUACACUCUUAGAAAAAAAUUUGCUAUCUAGAACCUUAAAAGGGUUCUUCGGCUGUCCCCAUAGGAGAACCCUUUAAAGAACCCUUUUUGGUUCCAGGUAGAGAAUCCUUUUGGGUUCCAUGUAAAUCCCUUUCCACAAAAGGGUUCUACCUGGAAUCAAAAGGGGUCCUACCUGGAUCCAAAAAUGGUUAUCCUAUGGGCACAGCCUAGGAACCCUUUAAGGUUCUAGAUAGCGCCUUUUUUUCUAAGAGUGUAGUUAUUAGUAGAGUAAGGGCUCUAUUCAAUCUGUUUCGCGGAAGUUCAGCGUUACAGCGUGAUUGAAAUUUAAAGGCAAUGUUCCCGUGUUAGCGGAGACUGCAUUCAUGGUAAACGCUGCAUAUGUCGGCUCUAUCGGAAAAUACCUUUACAUUUCUAUCGAGCAAUCUGUAACACUUCAGCAAUACAGAUUGAAUAGAGCCCUAAAUGACACUAGCGCAAAGCAGCCAAGCACAGCAGCUUCAUUGAGGACCAUUUCAGGAUGACGGCUAAUUGUCUCCUUAUACAUCAUGUUGUCUUACACUGUUGGCUUUAAUUUGCUAUUAGAGCACUAGAAUGUAUUGCUUUUAUGUUUUUGUGUAUGUACUUGAUAAAUCACUUUAGUAGAACUUUAUCAACACAUAUGCUACUCCCACAAAAUGUUACCCUACGCCUGUUUGUGACCAUUUUCCUCUUCACCACCCCAGGUACUGCACUGAUGACAUGCUGCUCAGAGAGAUGAUGUCAGACCCCAUGCUGGAGCAUUACGGUGUCAUCGUCAUCGACCAAGCCCACGAGAGGACGGUCAGUACAGAUGUUCUACUGGGCCUUCUCAAAGACAUCGCCCUGCAGAGGCCCGAGCUCCGUGUGGUGCUCCUCACAGCUACACACCCAGGACCCAAACUACUGGGCCACUACAGGAAUGUCCCACUGAUCCAGCUGGAGGGGGUGUGUUCAGCGGAGGUGGUGUAUACUGGUACCAGCCACAAGGACUACUUCUGCUCUGCGCUGCGUCUGGUUCUGGAGAUACACCACUCCCAAGAGGAAGGGGAUAUAGUCGUGUUUUUGGCCACAACUCAAGUAAGAUCUUCUUAAAAUGUCAUAUCCUAGUCUACAGUCUGGGAAUGUGGCAGAAGCCAUAUCAUGACAACUGUUGCUUCGACAACAGCAUUACUCAACCUUCUCUCCUUCUUUUAUGUUUUAUUAGGAGAUAGAUCUUGCCCGUGAUAUCCUCCUUCACGAGGAGGCCAAUAUACCCCCACAUCUAGGGGAACUUCUCCCUAUCUCAGUGCACCCUGGGCUGGUUGGGACUCUGCCCAUGCUAGGUGAAGAGGAAGGCCGGUGCAGAAGAGUAUUCCUCACCUCCAGUCCAAAUGAAGACCUCUUUUGGGCUGUGCACAUGCUGAACUUUGUCAUUGAUGCCGGUGUCCAGAAAAGAAAUGUGAGUAACUUAUUGAUGAAUAGUUAUUUUAAGCAAACCUUUGUACCCCUUUUUGGUAACAAGAUUGUAAUAAAUUAGUGGUGUUUUUUUAUGAAUGUCUGUCUUUCCUCAUGUUAUAGAUUUAUAACCCUAGGAUCAGGGCGAACUCAGUCGCCAUUCAACCUAUCAGUAGGAUUCAAGCAGAGAGCCGCAAACAGCUUGUAGGGCCAACAGGUAUGACAAAGACUGAAAUCAGUAACAAAGUCCAGGUGUUGAAGUCACACAGUUUGGAGGGUCAUGUGUUCUUGCUAACCUGAGCGCAUAAUUUCCCGCAGGGAAGAGUUUUUGUCUGUACCCAGAGGACACACCCCUGCCCAGUGAGACACGCCCCCACAUCCUGGAGUCUGACAUCACAUCCACGGUGCUCUUCCUGAAGAGGAUGGACAUCAGUGGCAUGGGCCGCUGUGACUUUAUCGACAGGCCAGGUACGGCAAGACAGGCUGAACAAGUACAGGCUCUUUCUUCAACAUUACAUUUUCUAUUGUAUCUACAGUACCUAUGUGACAGGGCAGCUAAAUGUAUACAUACUGAAUGGAGUGAUACAUCAGUACAAUGAAAUUACAUCCUUAACGCAUAACGCAAUAAUGUCCCUUGAUUGGUGGCAUAAUAACACCAUUGUUGUUUUGUAUUUACGUUUUUGAGCUCCAUGCAUCCUGUAUAGAGACACAUUUUGGGUUGAGCUCAGUUAUUUAGUUCGGCCCGUGUGGCCGGUACACACAGGCCUGUUGUGUGGUAUUGUGUUCUAUUGGAGGUCGGUGAGCCAUGCGUUAGCUGAGCUGACAAGCCCUGUUCUAUGGCCAAUGUUUGCAUAGCUGGCCUAGUGAUGCAGCAGCAGCAGCCAUAGAGGUCUAACACUCAUUAGCGAUAAGAGCUUAGCCAUGCUCUCUCUCUGUGUGUGUGUGUGUGUGUAAGCCCUGCCAAGCACUACAGUGUAAUGAUCAUGUGCAGCUGGGCAAUGUGGGCAUUUCACUAUAAGCACCAUGAGUGGAUGACAUUCAGAUUGAAAGUGUUGUGUUGAUGGGUGUGAUGCAAUGUUGUUAUUAUUAUGUUGCUGCUGUUGUGAUGCUGUUUCUCAGGAUUAUAUUAUUACCAUAAUGAUCAUAACGGGACAGUACAUUUGAGAUGUCUAUUGCCCUGUAUAUAGUUUUUUUGUUGUUUUUUGAAAACAUUGUUACAUCCAAAAGCCGCAGUGUAAAGCAAAGCCUCUCAGAACAUUUAUUUUGCAUAGUGAUGCACAGCUGAUAUUAGGAUAUCGAGGACUUAAAUUACAAUCAGUUUAGCCUGCUUGCUGGUUGUAUAACCUUGAAAAUAAUCAGUUUUACAAGGUUGUAGUCAUAGUUUACUUUCUUUACAAAGCCAGAUACUUCACAGUUCUGUCACGCACAGUUCGAUUCAUGUCCAUGGCUGUGUUAUUUCCACCAGAUCCUGAGGGUCUGAUGCAGGCCUUGGAGGAACUGGACUACCUAGCAGCCCUGGAUAAUGACGGGAACCUGUCGGAGAUCGGCAUCAUCAUGUCUGAGUUCCCCCUGGAGCCCCAGAUGGCCAAGACACUACUGGCCUCCUGCGAGUUUGACUGUGUCAAUGAGGUGGUCACCAUCACCGCCAUGCUGACAGGUGUGUGGGACUUCACCUUAUGCUCUGUGGCCUAUAUACCACGUUAAAGAUUAAUGUUAACACACACAUCACCAUGCUGUGGUCAUGCUUGCACACUUGCAGACCUCAUACAAAGUGAAGUCAUGUCAAACCUCACAUAUACUUCAUAAUGUACAAUAUUAGUGUGCUAACCCCUUCUCUCACGCUGCCCCUCUCUUAGCACCAAGCUGCUACCUGGUCCCCUCAAGGGAGUUGAGGCUAGAGGCCUCUCAGUGUCACCUGAAGUUCCAGCACCCAGAGGGAGACCACUUCACCCUCAUCAACAUCUACAAGGCUUUCAAACAGAACCAGCAGGAGCCCUGUGAGUUCACAUAGGCAUACCUGUAGCCACAGUGCAUACAAACAGCUUUUUUUUUUUAAAUAGGAUAACAUUGGCCAUUGACCCUAAAACCCACAUUUCCUCUCUCUGGUUUGGUGUGUUCCAGUUGUCAGUGUGGAGAAGUGGUGUCAGGACUACUUCCUGAGUCUGCCUGCCCUGCAGACGGCUGAUGCUAUCCACUCUGAGCUGACUGACAUCCUGAGGAGGAUAGAGCUGCCUGUCUCCAUGCCUUCCUUCGGCUCCAAGGGAAACACUCUCAACAUUAAGAGAGCGCUGCUAGCUGGCUUUUUCAUGCAGGUACGGUAAUAUGUAUUCGCUUCUACCUUCUGGCAUUAGCUAUCUAUUGAUAACUGUUACUACUAAGAAACUUGAAAUAUACAAUCUACCAUUUACUUACUCGCAUCACUAGCAAGAGCCAUGUGUGGGUUUCUCUUUUCUUUGAAGUUAUCGCAUUGUUCCCAUGCACCUGCAACAAGAUAUCUCAGAUGUGUGAGUUCCUUUUGAAGUGAAGCUUGAAGUGAUUAUAAAAGACCGAUAAUGUUAUGACUUUCAGGUGGCAAGGAAUGUGGAUUCAUCAGGGAAUUACUUCAUGUUGACACACAAACGCGUGGCCCAGAUCCACCCUUUCUCUGCCUACGGCACCAAGACACCCAAACUGGGCCUGCCGGAGUGGGUCCUCUUCCAUGAGUACUCCUUCUCAGAGGACAACUGCAUCCGCACCGUGUCCCACAUAUCACCAGAGGAGUAAGUGGACUAGAGGUGGAGGAUGUUCUUUGAGGGCUUUGUGCAUGUGAAGUAACCAUUUGCAAAAGACAUACAGCAACGAAACAAACAUCCAAACAUAAAAAAUAUCAAAAUAUAGUAUAUAUAAUAUAAUAGGUUAGAACCGUGUGUAGCUUGUAACUUCCAAUAGAUAACUACAGAUAUUUACUUCAGGGAGAGACAAGAGUUCCCAGACAUUACUUUCCCUUUUGGACCAGGCUCUUCACCAUGGCACAUUAGAGUUUGUAACUGGAGGGGGUUUCUUAAUCCUUCCCUCCAGUAUCAGCUGCUUAAAAGGGGAUUAGGGAUAGCACAGAUACAGAGAGAGUGCUGGUUUAAUGGGGACUGUUAAUGACAGAGGAGGCUCGGCAGCCUUCACAUGCCGUCUUAGGUUACACACUCUGAAAUUUAGCUUUUUAAUCGCUCAAAUGUAUACCAAAUGGUGCCCCUGGCAGCUGUUAGACUGAUGUUACUGUAAGUGCUCUUUUCAACAAAGAGAGUGGGUGUCAUUCAUAGGAAAUCCUUGAUUGCGGAAUUUUGGUCAAUUGCAGUGAACAUCGGGAGAUCCUCGUUCUUUGGUCUAUGAUAAUCUAACUAAUUUCAAUUCCCACUCACUGUAAUUCAAAUUAAUUUCAGGUUGCUCUCCGUAAUUGCAGCUGACCCAAUGUUCCUGUGCUAUGUUUAAUUAAAGUGCAAAUUAAUAAGAUAAUGCUUACUGUGAAAUCAGAACCAGAACCAAAUUCAUGAAAAGGCACAUAUCAGAGGAUAUUGGGUUUACUCGCCCAAUGUCCAACUCCAUGUUCACCAAUGAUUCCCUCCCUCCACCCAGGUUCAUUCAGAUGGCUCCACAGUACUUCUUCUUCAACCUGCCUCCCAGCGAGAGCAAGGACAUCCUCCAGAACAUCUUAGACAAUGGAGCUGAACACUACAAAGCGAAGAACAUUAAAAAGAGCCCGAGCCUAGAGAGCAUACCAGAAGUCACAGCCAGUUGUGUUAUACAGUGA